UAGCAUUUAACUGCUUUCAGAUGAGCAUAGUCUAAUUGCUUUAACUAUCAGUCUAUCUAUCAAGAGAGAGAAUCCACGAAUACUAGAGACAGGAUGUCUAAACUUUUCGUCUACGGGAUUGAUCAAUCCGCCUCCAACCAUGAGAUCCAGGGUGAAUUUGAGAAAUUCGGAAUGGUGAGCGAUGUUUACAACACCGGAAAAGGAUACGCCUUUGUCACCUUCGACAGGAAGGAGGAUGCUGACACCGCAAUGGAUGCCAUGGACGGACAGACCAUUCUUGGACAGCAGAUCAAGGUGAAUGAGGCUAAACCCCGCGAGGAUGGUGGCGGUGGUGGUGGCCGUGGAGGUGGACGUGGCCGUGGAGGCGGUGGAUAUGGCGGUGGCAGAGACGGAGGUGGAUAUGGCGGUGGCCGUGGAGGAGGCGGAUAUGGCGGUGGCCGAGACGGAGGUGGUGGAUAUGGCGGUGGACGCAGUUAUGGAGGCGGAGGUGGUUAUGGAGGCGGACGUGGAGGUGGUGGCGGUGGAUACUCCGGCGGUGGGGGAGGAUAUGGCGGUGGACGUGGAGGAGGCGGUGGAUAUGGAGGUGGCGGACGUAGCGGUGGUGGUGGCGGAUACAACGACGGAUAUUAAUUUAUCCUUCAAUUAUUUGAUUUUAUGUUGUAAAUGACAAUGACGCUACGAUGUAUGUAAAUCUUUGCGCAGUGUUACUGUGUGUAAUUCUCUACUUUCUACGUAUUCAUUGUCGUUCAACUUCAAGAUACUACAUGGAACUUAUCAAGCCUAAACUUUUGGAUUUUGCCUCUUAAUUAAUCAUUACCUUUUUCUUCGAUAAUUGUGAUGAAACCUGUCUCUCGAUUCGUGGAUUCUCUCUCUGAUAAAGAUAAAGUUCUUGUAACGGAAACUUUUUGUAACUGUAACGAAACUUGGACUUUUUGGAACGAACUAUGGUCUUAGUAACGAAACUUGUUUGGAACGAAACUAAAAUCCAGAAAUUCUCACUUCAUGAUCCGUAUCUUGUUCAAUUCUGAUCUCAUAUAUUGAAAUAUUCGUUUCUUGGUAUACCUAAAGUUCGCCCAUCUAUCACUCUUGUUAGAAACGCGUAUUUCUGUAUAUCUGUGACGUGUAAAAGCAUUUUAUCGUUAACACUGAGAUUACCGAAGCUGGCGCCAUUGAAAAUUUUUGAAUAAAUAUUUUAACCUGAA